CCACCACCAUCCACUUCCCGCCUUGGCACUCCAACAGCAUGGAGGUUCAUGCCUUCACUUUCUUCUCUCUCCUCUUCUUCUCACUUUCUCUCUCUUCACCAACCACCACCACCAACGACACCGCCGCACUCUCCCUCUUCCGUUCUCAAACCGACACCCACGGCAACCUCCUCUCCAACUGGACCCUCCCCACCACCACCACCACCGCCGCCGCCACCGCCUGCUCCGCUGCCUGGCACGGCGUCCGCUGCACCAACAACCGCGUCACCGCCCUCUCUCUCCCUUCCCUCGACCUCCGCGGCCCCAUCGACUCUCUCUCCUCCCUCUCCGAGCUCCGCCUCCUCGACCUCCACGGCAACCGCCUCAACGGCUCUCUCUCCUCCCUCUCCAACUGCUCCAACCUCAAACUCCUCUACCUCUCCUCCAACGACUUCUCCGCCGACAUUCCCUCCACCUUCUCCUCCCUCGGUCGCCUCCUCCGCCUCGACCUCUCCAACAACAACCUCAAAGGCCCCAUCCCAGACUCCAUCUCUAAUCUCACUCGCCUCCUCACUCUCCGCCUCCAAAACAACCAACUCUCCGGUAAAAUCCCCGAAUUUCUCUCCUCUCUCCCUCUCCUCACACAGCUCAAUUUGUCCAACAACGAGCUCUACGGCCCCUUGCCCGCGACUCUGCUCACAAAAUUCACCUACAUUGCUUUUUCCGGCAACGAAGGGCUCUGCGGAUCGACCCCUCUCCCGGCUUGCUCCUUCACAAACACUCCUCCUGCCGCAGCCGCUUCAGAAACCGUACCUUCAAACCCUAGCUCGUUCCCUUCAACGCCGAAAAUCGACCAAACAAAAAAACAAACUCGUAGAGGUUUGAGUCCCGGUGCUAUAGCAGCAAUUGUCAUAGCCAAUUCAGUAGUGUUUUUAUUGUUUUGUUCGUUUUUGGUGGCUUAUUGUUGCGGGAGGGGAUCGAGGGAUUCGAAUUCUAGAUCGGAGAGUGAGAGUGGGAAGAGGAGGAGUUCCAGUAGCUAUGAGAAGAAAGUGUAUGCUAACACUGCAUGUGACAGUGAUGGAACCAACGCUACCGAUCGAAGCAAACUCGUGCUUUUCGAUCGGAAAAAGCAGUUUGAACUUGAGGAUUUGCUUCGUGCUUCGGCUGAAAUGCUCGGAAAAGGGAGUAUCGGAACAGUGUAUAGGGCGGUGCUCGAUGACGGGUUUACAGUGGCGGUGAAGAGGCUGAAGGAUGCGAACCCAUGUGCGAGGAAUGAGUUUGAACAAUAUAUGGAUGUGAUUGGGAAGCUUAAGCAUCCGAAUAUUGUUCGUCUUCGAGCUUACUAUUAUGCCAAGGAAGAGAAGCUUCUUGUGUAUGAUUAUCUCCCAAAUGGAAGCUUGCAUUCUCUUCUUCAUGGGAACCGGGGUCCGGGGAGAAUUCCAUUAGAUUGGACUACGAGGAUCAGCUUGGUGCUUGGAGCAGCACGUGGCCUUGCUCGGAUUCAUGAAGAGUACUCUGCAACAAAGAUCCCCCACGGGAACGUGAAAUCAUCGAAUGUACUGCUCGACAAAAAUGGUGUUGCUUGCAUUUCUGAUUUUGGGUUAGCAUUGCUUUUGAAUCCAGUUCAUGCGACAGCAAGGUUAGGGGGGUACAGAGCUCCUGAACAGGUUGAAAUCAAGAGACUUUCUCAAAAAGCAGAUGUUUACAGUUUUGGAGUAUUAUUGCUUGAAGUGCUUACAGGUAGAGCUCCGUCGCAAUACCCUUCACCGACACGUCCCCGAGUGGUGGAGGAGGAAGAGGCAGUAGACUUACCGAAAUGGGUGAGAUCAGUGGUGAGAGACGAGUGGACCGCGGAAGUGUUUGAUCAAGAAUUGUUGAGGUAUAAGAACAUAGAGGAGGAGCUUGUGGAAAUGCUUCAUGUUGGGUUGGCUUGUGUGGCAGCACAGCCCGAAAAGAGGCCGGCGAUGGUGGAGGUGGCGAAGAUGAUAGAGGAAAUCAGGGUGGAGCAGUCUCCGAUUGGCGAAGAUUACGACGAAUCACGUAAUUCGCUAUCACCAUCGCUUGCCACCACUGAGGAGGCAUUGGCAGGUUACUAAUGCCGGUCUUUCUUGAUGGUUUAGUUAUAAAAUCUUUCUCCAUUUGCAUCAUCUUAUUGCAAAUUGUUGUUGUAGCAGUUGUUAUAUGCUCUCUUCUCAUAAGCUAUGGAUUUUUCUUUUGUUUUUUGGGAUCAACUUUGUAACAUUUGUAUGCUUUAUGUUUAAUUUAAUUUCUGUUAUAAUGUUGGGUAA